AAACUCAAGCCACAUCUGAUUCACUAUUGAUUUUUUAACAACAAAGCAGAGUCUCUGACAAACAAAAAAAAAAACGCAAAUUGGGAGUGUAGAAAUUGACGGGCCCGGGAUGACGAGAUGCACAUUAGUACUGGGGCUCCUGUUAGCCUUCGGCAACUUGAUCCACGCCAGUGAUAUCACGGACAAGGUGUUUGCUGACAUCAAAGAGGGAAUUGUGGCAGCAUUUGGGGAUUUUAAUUCCGACGAACUAACGGAUGUCUUUGUGAUUCGCGACGAUAUGAAGACGUUGCAGAUACUCUAUGGGCACUACACCGAGCCUCUGCUGAUGGUUGGUCCCUACUGCCAAUACGGAGGAAAGACCAUUGUCAGUGUGAUUCCCGGGGACUUCGACGGUGACGCAUUGAUGGACGUGCUGGUUAACCUAAAGGGUUCGCAGCCGAACACCUACGAGGUGCACGUCAACUGGGGCAACACCACCGAACUGAAGUGCUCCAAGGAGCCGCUCUUCAGCAGCAAAGGCGAAGUUAUGGCCUUGGAUUCCAAUCGCGACAUGAUCAUCGAUUUGUACGGCUUGGCCGAUGAUACACGUACCUUCUGGAUUUUCAACAGCAGCAGGCUCCCGCCAAGUCCCAUCCAUCAGGAGGAGCCCACCGAGAUCAAGGGCAACUCGCUGAGCAUACCGAAUGCCAAUGCCUAUCUAGAUCUGAAUGAGGACUUCCUGGCCGAUCUGUUCCUGCAGACGGAGACCUCCUACGAAGUUUGGUACGGCAUUAACGAGAAGGACAAGAAGGAGAACUUUAGCUUCAAGUAUGAGAUAAAGUUCCAGCCCAUCGGAGGCACUGACUACCACAUCGGGCAAGCCGUUUUCAUGGACUUUGAGCUAAAGGGCGUGCAGAAUAUUGUAGUGCCCUUCUGCAUUCACUCGAAUUGCCGAAACUCUUCGAUCAUGGUGCAUGAUGGCACUGAUUUUCGGAAUCUGCAUGUCAACUUUCGCGAUCCGCAGGGCAUCACGUGGGCCUUUGUGCCGCCCGUUUCGGAAGAUGUUUACCUGAGGACCAUAACGGCGAGAAGCGGUGACUUCAAUUUGGAUGGCUAUCCGGAUUUGCUGGUCACGCUGCAACCGCUAAAUGUGGAAAAACCAGUGACGCAGACCUUCCUCCUGGAGAACGUGCCUUGCACGACGUGCAAUAAGCCGCUAAAGCGCACCUUCGAGGUGCGUUGGGGCGCUCUUUCGCCAAUGGGCAACAAUACAGUGGCCGGGGCUUUCUACGACUUUUACCAAGACGGUGUGCUCGAUGUGAUCCUCAUCCGGAAGAAUGCGCAAGGCAAAUACCAACCACUGGCUUUCCGAAACACCCUCGACUACGAUGCGAAUUUUGUAAAGGUGAUUGUGCUGACUGGUUUGGACAACAAGCAGAAUCCGGAACGACGCACUCCAUUGGGACGAAAGAAGCGAACUUAUGGAACUAAUUUACCGGGUCCCCGAAUCACCUACAGCACGACCACACAGGAUGGGGAUCAGCAGUGUGGGAGCAGUGUGCAAUUACCGCAGGCCUCCUAUUUUGCACUCCAACUGCCGUACACAUGCUUUGGUUUGGGCCGCACGCCGAAUUUUGUUGAUCAACUGACAGUUGGACUGGGCAGCAAGCUGCGUAACUGGACACAGCUCAUACCCAACUCGCAGAUCAUUGUUGUGCCAAAGCCGCUAGACGAACCAUCGCACUGGAAGGCCCAGCUCUUCGUUACGCCGAGCAAACUGAUUCUGAUGAGCGUCGUGGCGCUGGGCGGCACCUGCCUGGUCAUCGUCUUUAUUAUUCUGGUGCUGUACAUUAAAGAGAAGCGCGAGGAUAAGCAGGAGCGUCUGCAAGAAUCCCAUAAAUUCCAUUUCGAUGCAAUGUAAGAUCCCCAAAUAUUUGUAAACUAAGCAAUCUUUUUCUUUUCCCCAAGUUUAAUAUUUGAUAUUUAUUUAACGUUAAUUAAUAUGCCAAAAUGAGGACUCCCGCCUGUUGAUUACACUAUAAGCUUUCUCAUCUCAUUGACGCCUUGAAUUGCCCAAAACAGAUUGUAAAAAGUAUUAAUUAAUUGGCGGGGAAUGCGCCACAUCUCUUGAAAUACAAGCUUUUUUGCAAUCGACAGACGGUGUCUCUCUCAUCUGGUAUACAUAUGUAUAUGGUUUAACAAAUGUGAUAAUAUAAAAGCGAAAAAAAUAA